AUGGCCACCACAACAAUUCAAGAAAAUACUGAUAUAGUCAAACAAGUAAGCUUAAAACAUACUUCAACUGAUCCACGUCAACAAGAAAUUAUCAACAAUUUACUCCUUCUAGCUCAAAAGGAACAACAGAAAGGUAACACUUCAAUUACAUCCGAUAAACUCGACAAAUUAACUAGCUUACUUUCCCAACAACAAAGUCGAACACCACCAUCAAUCCACACCAAGACAAAAUUACCUCCCAAACCAAAAUAUCCUUCAGUAUUUAAUAAGUUUGAUAUUAACAAAUCAUCUAACAACAAUCGACAACCAUUCCUGCCUCCAGUAAAGAAAUCUAAAUCUAAACCAAGGAAUACAAAUAAUAAUAGUCCCAAAAAAUACUACAGACCAAACAAUUUUAGUUUAAAGAAAAUAGAAUUUAUAUUUGUUAAUAUUUUAGAAAAUCUUGCCAAUUUAUUAGAUAACUUACAUUUAUUAUCAAAUUUACCAAUGUUCCCGCAAUUUUUAAAUCGAUUUUUGAAACAAACAAACAAGAUUUGGGUAUUGAUAUUGGUAUUUUUAAUUAGGAAAACCAUAUCACAAUUAUUAAAUGUGAUACGUAAAAUCAGAAAAGUUAAUAUUGAAGUGGAUUUAUUAAAUACUACUACCAGAAAAUCUAAAAUAAAUUCUAUAAAUGAAGAUUUAAAUACGAAAUAUAAAAAAGUAUUAAAAGAUUUAAGAUUUGAUAAAAUGAUGCUUGUCAUUGAAUUAAUUGGGAAUUUCUUAGACUUGACAUUUAAUCUUAUUGAAUUAUACGGAAUUGUUUUGCCUGAUUGGAUUAUGAGUUUAUUGAAUUUUGCAAGUAUGGCAAUGACAAUUUAUAGAAUGAAUAAAGACGAUGAAUAUGUUGAUGAUGAUAUAACUGAAGAUUUGAUUUGA